ACUAUUAAGUUACGCCCUGUGAGAGCAGUCAUCGGGUAGGAUGCUUUUGGCUGUAAGGAAGAAAAAAUCCAAUCCAGAUUGGUACAAUCAGUAAAGGCUCGUGUAACUGAAGCUUCUCCUAAGGCUGCCCUAAGGCCAGGCUCAACCGUCACCCACCACCUGUCUUCUUUAGGUCUACCCCUUGUCUUCCUCUGGGAAGUUUCGGUGUCCCAGAAAGGCUGUCAGAGCUCCCAGAACCACACACUUCCUUAUUUCUUAUAGUAGGAAAGAGAGUCUAUAACCCAGGGUAUUCCCAGCAGAGUCCGGAGCGCCCCAGGAACAUGUCUAUGCCUAGCCAGUUUCUGCAGCCAGGGGGGCGGGAUGUGCUGAUUGACAUGUUCCACCUGUGGAGCUGGGGGUACCUUCAGUUCUCCUAACCACAUGGGUACUCAAGUAGAGACAGGAACUGGUGGCACAGGGGAAUAGUCAUGUGGGAGAGACGCCCCCGAAUGUCCCUACGUGCUGUUUUGGUAUUCUCCACGGAACACUGCCGGGCACACAACCGGUGCCCAAGGACUGACUGUCAGGUGUCUCAAAAUACCAGCCUCUCCCCUGGAUGUUCAUGAGAACAGAAGCUAGGAUUCUGUUGCUCUGGUCCCCGUUGUCCUCUCCUGCCACCCCAAGUGGUCACCUCACCUCUGCUUCUCACAGAGUCCUGUCUGUUACAGACAGACAUGCCCACACCUUUGUUACUUUGUUUUAAACUAGGGACAAAUUCUAUGUGAGAGUCCCUAGCCCAGCCAGUGGCUCCCCCACCCGGCCUCCUGCUGUCUCAGGGUGGAGCCAGAUCAAUAGUCCUGAGUCUGAGGGUCAGCCCCCUCCCUCGCAAGGCUCCCCUGGGAACCCUGAGGGCUUCCCACUAUGGCUGGCUCUUCUGGGGAGUGGGCAAGCCUCAGCUUUUGGGAAUUGAAGCUACAAUGACUUUUCUCUCCAAUACCCUCCUCACCCCCUCUUCAAAGAGAAAGAUGGAGAAUAACACCCCCGACCCUUCUCCCCGCACCUGCCUUCCAAGGCCCCCUGUCACUCCUCUGCACAUGCCCAGUACACUCAGCCCACAGUGUUCCCCUGGCUCACACCCAUGGCAACCUGCUUGGCAACCCGGAGUCAGUUGGGCUGAGGCUUGAGUCCAACUGUCAAAAGGGGCCAAGGCCGAGGUGGAGGAGGCUGGGCUGUGGGUAAGUCUGCCUGUGGGUUCAGACCUGUGGACUGGAGCAGGGCAGACCCUCACAGGCUCUGCUGGGCAGGGGCAGUGCGAUCGUGGGCCCCGAGUCACAGCUGCUGCCUCUGAGUGCGUAGGGAGGCCAUAGCCCUGGGAUCUCAGCGGGCCUGGGGCUGAGUUGGUCCUACAGGUGACUGGGUUGGAACGGAGGUCUGGCUUGGGCUGGGGGUCAGUUUGUCAUCAGGGUUAGGAUUUGUGAAGCGAAGUAUGGCCUUACCCUCAGGAGUCCCUACACGUGGGGAGGGGGGGAGGAAAAACUAAUGUAUGCAUUGAGCUACGCAUAUGCCAGGUGCUUUCCAUGUACUAUCUCCUGAGCGGUAACAAGCACACAGGUGAGGUGAACACGCAGGCCGAGGCUGUGAAGGGUUUAAAGCUGGUUGCUCUAAAAUCACAGCUCUUGCUCUCUGCUGAACUGAGGUUCCCGAGGACACCCUGAGCGUCUGUGGGAGCGAGUGGGACCGCAGAGAGGCCGCUGGCCCCUGGCCACUAACCGCUCACCUUGCCCAAGCCCCUGUCCUCUGCUGGGCUGUGGGGCUGCAACUCAGACAACCAUAGUGCUUGUUCUAGGUGGUGUCACCGAAGGCCAUGGAAUCCUCCGCAGAGCCUGGGGGGCCUUUGCCCAAGUACUGCAGCGUGGCCACCACCCUGGAGGCCCCCGCCUGGGCCGGCGCUGCUCCUCCCUGGGGCCUGUCCUUCAGCUGCCCCUUUGCCCUCCAAGCACCCUGGCUCACCUGGCACAGCCCUCUCACCAGAUGUGCAUCGUAUCAACCGUGUCUCCCCUCUGCUGACCCGGCACGGCAGGGGCCCGGCAGGCUGGGGGGAGUUGGAGAUGCUGCUGGCACAUGGGUCCUGGCAAGAAGGGGACCUGAUGGCUUUUAUUACCGGGCGCAGAUAAAGACUGCUCCAGAGCUGGAGAGGCAGGGGGCUCUGCUUGUGGAAUUUGAGGCUCCCCUUGUCGCAGGCCCAGAGUUGCCAGCCCCGCGGCAGAGCGUGGUCUUAGGAGAAGAUGUCAUCCAGUUCUCGCCACCCUCACUGCAGCCUGGGGACAAGGUGCUGGCGCCCUGGGAGCCGGACAGACAGCGGUAUGGCCCUGCCACUGUUUUGGGCUUGGAGGCAAGAGGCCCCCAGAGAGCAUCCAAAGAAGAAAUCACCGUCCACUUCUGGAAUGGCAGGACAGCCACAGUGCCUCGGGGUGGGGCCUGGGGGGUGCCCCCUGCUGUCUGGAAGAAGGCUGUGGAGCGGCUGCACUGGCCUGUCACCAGCAGGCCCCCCACUACCCUCCUCUGGGCCCCUUGCUGCUCUCUGCUGGGGCCGGGCACUGGGUAUGUCACUCACGGGCUUCCACUGGGCACCCCGUUCCUGUGCCCUCCCUGCCACCCCCGCACCUGCUGCCAGCUUCUGUGCCAGGGCUGUCCCGGCUGCUGCCCUUUGGCUGGACCCACCUGGUGGCCUCUCACCAGGACCUCGGGGGCCAAGGCCGGAGAACAACCAGAGACGGAGCUAAAGCCCAAGGUGCAGCCUCUGCCCCUAGAGGCUCCCAAAAAGGAGAAAGUGGCCGUGCAGGCUCCCAUGGCUGUUUCUUCUUCCUCCUCCUCCUCCUCUGAAGAGGAUUUGGAGAAAGAUCUGGAGGCGGGCCUCCCUCAGAGGCUGGUGGUGGACAGCACAGUCACCUCCUACCCCAUCCCCCCUGAGAAGACUCGGAGGAGGCAGGUGGGCCUGGACCAGCCCGAGUGGAGGUAUUGGAGGAGGAACGGGCCUGAGCCGCUUCCUGGGAAGCCAGGCAAAAGAUGCCGCAGCAUCCAGAAAGAAGAGAAGGGCCACAGGCAGCAGGGAGCACAAAUGGCAGUAGUGGGGAAUACCAAGGAGCUGGUCCUGGAAGCAACCAACGCAAAGCCUCUACAGACCCUGCCAGACACAGCGGAACACGGGAAACUGAGUCAGAGGACCACUGUGAUGCGUCAGAGACACCGGAAGGCCUUCGACUAAAAGCCCUGAGGAUCUAGGAAGCAAAGGAGAGUGAAUACCUGAGGAAGCGUUACAAAGUGGCUGGCACAGCCUUCAGUGGUAGAGUGCAGGCCACAGAUGACAGUCGCAUAAGCAGCAGCAUCUUCACCCCUUUAAGACUUCCCUGCAGACGGGCACAGGAAGGUACCUGUCCUAAGAGCCACAGGAGUGCUGCCGGCCCGGCCAGGUCUCCCUGCCUGGUGAGAUGAGCGUGAGAAUGCUGUUCCACAGAAGUCACAGGUCGUGGUCAGCCUGUUUUGGGCAAGUGUAUCCACAGCCUCUCUGCCAUCUUUUCAUAAAGCCUACAGUUGUACAUGAAUGACAUUUUGUUGCUCUUAAUACCAAUAAAAAGGAAUUCUCUUUA